GCUGCGUGAUGGUGGCAGUGGAGCGCAGUGCCGUCGUUGAUAGUCUUCGCGUAGCAAGAACAUGGGAAGAUGGCGACGUACCUGAAGCGCACGUCGAAGCUGUUCGAUCUGUCGCAGUCGCGGCCGAGCGCGGACGUGUGCCUGCGGGAUCUCAUGUGCCCGGUCUGCCGCGGUAUCCUGAUCGAGCCAGUGACGCUGCCGUGCACACAUAACCUCUGCCUGCGCUGCCUGAAGGGCACGUUCGAGCACAACAGCCUGAGCUGCCCGCUCUGCAGGCUCAGGGUGGGCUCCUGGCUGCGCACCGCCACCAAGUCCGAGACUCUGGUGAACCACGGCCUCUGGGAGUUCAUCCGCACCAAGUUUUCGAAAGAGGUCGAGGACAAGCACAACGGCGAGGAGCGGGAUCUCGGUUUGGACGCUGCUGAUUUCGCGGCGAACAGGAUACUCAGCGCGGCCGGGGAGAUACACCGGGAGUAUGAGGCGCAGCUUCAAAUAGCCGAGGAGGAGAUGCGCCGUCAGAGGCAGGCGGAGCGGAGAGCCAGCGAGGCCUUGAUACAGAAGAUCCAGGCGGAGGAGCAGCAGCUGUUACUAGCGCAGCUGGCGCAGGACCAGCUGCUGGCCAAGAACCUGGCGAAGAAGCAGGUCGCGGAGAAGCAGAAGGAGGCGGCCACCAAGUGCUACAAUGACUGCUUGAACACGUCGGCAGCCAGUUAUACGUACGACGUGGGCAAGUACCACGUGAAGAGCGCGCGUGCGAAUAACGCCGAGGCGCCGCAGGCCGAGAGCACCCACCCGGCGGAUGGCAAGCGGACGAGUCUUCCAGAGUCCGUGCGGGGCAGCUCCGAGCUGCGACGGACGAACAUGGCGUUGCUGUCGAAGAUCUGCGCGGAGAGGUACUGCAAGGUCAAGAGCAACGCGCCGAGCACGUACAAGAACUGCUGCCCGAAGCAGCUGGCGGUUUACAACGUCGUGACCAAGUCGUUCAAGCAGCAGGCGGUGCCCAGGUACAUCCAGCCGUGCACUUCGAAUUAUCCGAUGGAUCCCGGUUGCUCGACGUCGCAAGCCUACGCUACCGAGACCAAGGAGGAGCUGCGCGUGCCGAGCGAUGUGGUGAACAGCAAGAAGAAGAGCCUGGAGGUGGAGGUGUGCAGAACACACGGCUCGCCUGACCCGCACCGGACCGACGACGACGAGAGGAUAGGGAGCGCGGAGAGCUCGGGCAGCCACGACAGCAUCAAUCAGGAGAUCCAUCAUUUCAAGCCGAUCAAGACCGUGCCGAGGACCUCGUUCAAGGUCUCUUCAGAUGGAAAACAGAUAGAUCCGAAGUUGAUUAGAGUGGUUCCUAUCAUGAAAAGAGUGAUUAACGCGGUACUGAAGCCCCCAUCGCCGACACACCUGAAACGGAUCAUUGGAUGUUCCUGGAGCGCUUUCAGAGGUAAAGCAAGGCAGGACGCGAGGGAGAAGCAAGCCGCGCGCAAUGUGGGUACGGAUACGACGGCAUCAAUCGAUCAGAAACCGUCGACGUCACUCAACCAGCCUCAGACGGUUCCGAGCAAGUCGGCGAAGCCGCAGACGAGUGAUGCCCGGCUCGACUUUAUCCUCGAGUCGUCGUUCGAUAGCAACAAAAAUUACACGAAAAGCGUAAACAAGAUCGUCAACGGCACUAAAGUGAGCAAAAAGCUGACGCUGGACGACGAGUCGGACGCGAGGACGACUCGUAAGUGCUGGCGGACGCGCGUGCGAAACGGCAUGGUGACCAAACGGCACAGAAAUGUCAGGUACAGGAAAGGCGCCGAGCUCACCUUGGACGAGGAAGUGGACGAAAAAGAGAUGGAGGAGGACGAUCCGAGAACCCCCAGCCCGUCGUGCGGCAAGACCAGUCCGCAAAACGACGAGCGGGACGGCGAGGUGAAUGACGUGGCGAUCGAAAAUAUAGCGGAGCGCAUCAAGAGGAGGAAAGUGAACGUGGAGAAGAAGAAGCUGCCGGAGGCGGACGCGUCGUCGAAAAGAAGCACGAGGAAGCGAGUGUUGUCCGAGAGGAGGGACAAAAGCUCGUCGUCCCGGGAGAACGGCGCGCCGAGGAGCGUGUCGAAGCGACGGAGAUUACGCAGGAGCGACGCGGGCAAGAGUGAGUCAUCGAGGAACGCGACGAUGGUGGGUGGCAAGGUGGCCGGCAAGAGAUCGGCCGAGUGCAACAACGGCAAGUUCAGCUACGACUCGCCGCCGGAGUCCUGCGACGAGACGGAGGAGGCCGUCGUGAACGAGAAGCAGCGGCACGAGCGUCUCUCGGACCGGGAGGUGAUCGAGGAGCAACAGCGGAUCGAGCAGGUGCUGCUGCAGGAGCGGGAGGACUACGAGCUGGCGCGCCGCCUGCAGGCGAAGUUCGACGAGAUGGAGCGGGUGGCGAGGCGCACCAGACGCUCGAGGAGAGCCGUCGAGGACGAGACGAGUUUCGACGUGGCGGAGCUGCGCGAGAUCGCCGCGGUGAGGACGGUGGCUCGCAAGGCGAAGCCGUCGCUCGUCGUGCGCACCGCCAAGACCGUGCCUAAGAAGAAGCGCGGCCGGCCGCCGAAGCGCGUGAAAUAGGACGAGAUGCGCGCGCGAGAACCCUCCACAUUUGGAUGUUCCUAUAGGCCGAGGAGGAAGACGAGGAAGCGAAGAGGGGAGGAGGAAGUUUGAUCACUCUGUCCGACGUGUUUCAAAGAGCGAUCGGUCGCACGGAUGUCGAAUGCGUACCUGGUGUGCAUCGCGAGAGAGUACGGACGAAGCGGUCUCGCGGCCGAUUUUUCAGAUAUCGUUGUGUGAACGUCGUUCCCGGUGCCCAGGAAGAGACGUUGACGCGCGUCUCUCUCUCUCCGCGCCGUCUUUGUUCCUAACGCGCGUCGUGCGUGCGCGUGAUCGAAGUAGCGAGCGGAAGGCGGGCGCUUGAAGACCGUGCGGAUCGGACGAUGAGUGCGGCAAGUCUGAGUUAGCCUUUCGCUCUGAGCGUCCAAUUGUGAUUUCUAGCAAAAAUCCGCGUGUCCAGCGCGGAUGUCGACGUUCCUAAUAAGAUUCAAGCGUGAUCGCGACUUCCGAGCGUGGCGAACGCCUCUUGUCAGAAAUCGCCGUCAUAUUGGACUGCUCAGAGUGAAAGGGUGGGGGAUUACCUGCGACCUAUUGUAGAUCCGGACUCACGGUCGUAUACAUACAACGACAGAUUCUUUGGCCAAGCAGCGGCCGGUGACUUGGUUUCAGCGGAAAAUUCAAGGUCCACUUCGUGGCGCAUCUAAACGGAUCAUUAAGUGUUUGUGGCGAGAUUCUAUUGCUCAUUCAAAACUAAAAGAGGCUUUAUUUUUACAGAGAAUUUUUAUUUGAGAUAUAAA